CUGUCUGAUUGGGCCAUGCAAGUUGCACAAAGGAAAAGUCAAGCAGCCUCUUGCAGGCGAGCAAACAGCCACAGGUUUUCGCGCACCGGGACAACUGCAUAAAUUGUAUUAAUUAUUCCGUUAUUUAUAGCCAAAAUACCGAAGCUACGGAAUAUAAAAAGUAUCUGUAAAUUGUAUUACUUUAUCAAGUUAAAUAGAGGAGAUUUGUUAUUGAUCAGCUCACAAUGAAAAUGGAUUUUCGAACGAGUUAUGUGACUUUUUUCGCAGUGAUCAUGCCGUCAUUGAUGAUAUCAGCGCAAGGGGAUAAUGGCAUUGCUUUCCCGGACCACGGAUUUUGCCAGCCUAUUUCAAUCCCACUAUGCACGGACAUCGCCUACAAUCAAACUAUCAUGCCCAAUCUGGUGGGGCAUUACAAUCAAGAGGACGCAGGACUGGAGGUGCACCAGUUUUACCCCUUGGUAAAGGUACAGUGCUCGCCGGAACUUAAAUUCUUCCUAUGUUCAAUGUAUGCGCCUGUUUGUACAGUUUUGGAAAAGGCAAUUCCACCCUGUCGCUCAAUUUGCGAGAGGGCAAAGCACGGCUGCGAGGCGCUCAUGAAUAAAUUUGGGUUCCAGUGGCCAGAACGCCUCCGGUGCGAGAAUUUCCCCGUGCUUGGAGACGGGCACAUUUGCGUGGGUCAGAAUGAAUCUACUGCCACUGCCCCGCCCGUACACAUGCCAGUCCCUGGAACCCCUGGCGUCCAUGUCUACUCCACAUCAGACAGGCCUUUCCGCUGUCCAUCUGUGCUCAAAGUCCCCACUUAUCUGAAUUAUUCGUUUCUGGGGGAGCUGGAUUGUGGAGCACCAUGUGAACACUCCAGGAGCAGUGGAGGCUACAUGUUCUUCAAUGAUAAAGAGAUUUAUUUUGCACGCAUAUGGAUCCUCAUCUGGUCGUCUCUGUGCUGUGCCUCCACCCUAUUCACCGUCACCACCUACCUAGUGGACAUGCAGCGCUUCAAGUACCCAGAGAGGCCCAUCAUCUUCCUUUCUGGGUGCUACACCAUGGUCUCCAUAGCCUAUAUCGCUGGCUACUUCCUGGGGGACAAGGUGGUGUGCAAUGACAGCUUCACCCCAGACGGAUAUAAGACCAUAGUCCAGGGGACCAAGAAGGAAGGCUGCACCAUCCUCUUCAUGAUGCUGUAUUUCUUCAGCAUGGCCAGCUCCAUCUGGUGGGUCAUCCUGUCCCUCACCUGGUUCCUGGCAGCUGGGAUGAAGUGGGGGCAUGAGGCUAUUGAGGCCAACUCCCAGUACUUCCACCUGGCAGCCUGGGCUGUGCCCGCCGUGAAGACCAUCAGCAUCCUGGCCAUGGGGCAGAUCGAGGGGGACGUGCUCAGUGGGGUGUGCUUUGUGGGCCUCAACAGCCUGAACCCCAUACGGGGCUUUGUCCUGGCCCCCCUCUUCAUCUACCUUUUCAUCGGUACCUCCUUCCUCCUGGCCGGCUUCGUGUCCCUGUUCCGCAUCCGCACCAUCAUGAAGCACGACGGCACCAAGACGGAGAAGCUAGAGCGCCUGAUGGUGCGCAUCGGGGUGUUCAGUGUGCUCUACACCGUCCCCGCCACCAUCGUCAUCGCCUGCUUCUUCUACGAGCAGGCCUUCCGUCACCACUGGGAGAGAAGCUGGGUCAGCCGUAACUGUAAAGGCUUAGCCAUCCCCUGCCCCAUGCAGUACACCCCCCGCAUGACCCCCGACUUCACCGUCUACAUGAUCAAGUACCUGAUGACUCUCAUAGUGGGCAUCACCUCCGGGUUCUGGAUCUGGUCUGGCAAGACACUCCAGUCCUGGCGCAAGUUCUAUACCAGACUCUCAAAUCGUAGGCAUGGAGAGACCACUGUCUAGGGAGGGAGGCCAAAACAUGGGACUUGUUUUUGGACAUUCAUUUGGAUGUUUUAUAGUGUGUUUUUCUCCCUCCUAUUUGUUUACUCACUGUCAGAGACUCAGUGGUACUUUUAUACAUUGAUCAUCAGAUACUGUCAGUAUUUUAUGGAACAUUGACAGAAUUUUUAAGAAGUCAAAUAUUGCAUGCCAAAAUCAAGCUUUAAGAGUCAGGGGGUGGGGGACGGGGGUCUUGACCAAAGGACAAACUGUUGCUCACCUGAAGAAUGGCCAAACCUCAGAAUGACCAAACAACAAAGGUGUUCAGUGGAUGCCAUGUGCUGAAGUGCUCUCUCUCUUCCCCCACUCUGUUCCUACUCCCUUUUUAAGUUAUCAGCCAUAAAAACUCUCCAGUGUGAGUGAGAAUCCAGCUGGGAAUACAGUGAGCGGGGGAAGGAAGGAGGCCUGAAAGGACAGGCGGCCAUUUUAAGACUUUAUUUUCACUCUGUGAACGUGUGAGAUGUAAUUAAAUGCUGUAAAUAGGAAUUGUAAAAUAUAAAAUUAUAUAUUUGUAUUUAAAGAAAGGACAUGUUUUGUUUUGUCUUCCGACAGCCGUAGUGCCUGGUUAACUAGCACCCCUUCUGAAAGGAGCCAUAGAUGCACACACUGUCUGUCUCUUAGUGCUGUUUUCACUGGCAGUAUGACACAUACACAUUUGAAGUUUCUCCUGUCAAACCCAGAUCUGUAAUCAUUUUCCUUCUGAUGUAUCAGAUCAGGGAAGCUGGGUUGUAGUAAAGGCAGUCUUUGGCUGUGCAUUUUCCCUACUUAGCCCUUCUCCUUCCUCUCGUCUCCCCCCACCAAUUAAAUCCCUAGGAGCUGAGCUGAGCUGAUCUGGGUGGUAGGGGUGAAGACAAGGCUGCAAGGACACUGUGGUCAUGCCUCCAGGGUGGGAAAGCUAGCCCUAAUUGUCAGUACUACACUCCAUUACCAAAAAGUCACACCAAAAAGAUCCACUUCUGGAGACUGUUGCUCAAACUGUUAAAAAAAAAAGUAUUUUGAAAAACGGAAUCAAAGAAGAAUGAGGUAUUUUAAUGUUGUCACGUGAAAAGUGGUGUGAAUCUGGCAACCGUGAAUCUGGCAACCACUAAUCAACAAAUGUAUCUCACGUGAUUUGCUGUGGGGGUUAGGGGAUGGGAAGGUGACGACAAAA